AUGCGCGCCCAGGCAUUGAGGGUGACUAGCCGCCCUGCUGUAAAGAGCAGCAGGGCCAUCCCACUACGCCCACUACGCCCACUACCACCACACCGGCAUCUAGCUUCUGCCCACGCCUCUACCUCUCCCGCCGCCGCCGACGUCUCCUCCCGCACUCCCCCCUACCCUAAACUUCUUUCCAAGCUCGCAGAAGUCCGCCAUAUUCUGGACAAGCGGCCCCUAACCCUCGCCGAGAAGAUCCUCUACUCCCACCUCGACCGCCCCGCCGAGUCCCUCCUCACAAACACUCAAAAUGGCGCCAGCAUCCGCGGCCAGGCCAACCUCAAGCUCAAGCCCGACAGAGUUGCCAUGCAGGAUGCCUCGGCGCAGAUGGCGCUGCUGCAAUUCAUGACUUGCGGCCUGCCUACCACUGCUGUCCCGGCGAGUAUACACUGCGACCACAUGAUUGUCGGAGAAAAGGGCGCGGAUACGGAUUUGCCGGCGAGCAUAAAGGGGAAUAAGGAGGUCUACGACUUUCUCGAGUCCGCGGCAAAGAAAUAUGGGAUUGAGUUUUGGCCGCCGGGCGCGGGCAUCAUCCAUCAGACUGUGCUGGAGAACUACUCGGCGCCGGGGUUGAUGAUGUUGGGUACGGAUAGCCACACGCCGAACGCCGGUGGUUUGGGAGCCAUUGCUAUCGGUGUCGGCGGCGCUGAUGCGGUGGAUGCGCUUGUUGAUGCGCCGUGGGAGUUGAAGGCACCACGGAUAUUAGGAGUGAGAUUGGAGGGAGAGUUGAGCGGAUGGGCUAGCCCGAAGGAUGUCAUACUGAACCUUGCGGGCCGGCUCACAGUGAGGGGCGGCACUGGCUUCAUCAUCGAAUAUUUCGGACCCGGCGUUGAGACGCUGAGCUGCACCGGCAUGGCCACUAUCUGCAACAUGGGUGCCGAGGUCGGAGCAACGACUUCCAUCUUUCCUUUCUCAUCCCGCCAUAUACCAUAUCUAGAGGCUACGCAUCGCGCCUCGAUAGCUGCCGCUGCCGGCACAAUCGCCUCUGCGCCAGAUGCACGGAACCUGCUCCGGGCAGACUCCGACGCUGAAUAUGACCAAGUCAUCACGAUCAAUCUAUCCGAACUCGAGCCCCAUAUCAACGGCCCAUUUACUCCCGAUCUAUCAACCCCUCUCUCCAAAUUCUCCGACAUGGUCGAAGUGAACAGCUGGCCCAAGACCUUUGGCGCAGGCCUCAUCGGCAGCUGCACGAACAGCUCUUACCAAGACAUGACCCGCGCGGAAGACCUAGUCAAGCAAGCCUCAGCCGCAGGUCUCAAGCCCAAAGCCGACUUCUUCAUCUCGCCCGGCAGUGAACAGAUCCGUGCGACGCUCGAGCGAGACUCAACUCUCAACACACUCUCUUCAGCCGGCGGCAUGGUGCUCGCCAACGCAUGCGGUCCCUGCAUCGGGCAAUGGAAGCGCACCGACGACGUGAAGAAGGGCGACAGCAACGCCAUCUUCACGUCCUACAACCGCAACUUCCCCGCCCGCAACGAUGGUAACAGAGCUACCAUGAACUUCCUCGCCUCCCCCGAACUCGUCACCGCGCUCUCCUACGCCGGGUCCACGACUUUCAACCCCAUGACCGACACGCUCUCCACGCCCUCCGGCGAACCUUUCCGCUUCUCGCCGCCAAGAGGCGAGGAGCUGCCCUCCGCAGGUUUUGCGCAGGGUAAUCCCGCAUUCCUGCCCACGACCGGGAAAGCGGAUCCGACCGUCGAGGUAAAGAUCGACCCGCACUCCUCGCGUCUCGCAGUCCUCGAGCCCUUCGCGCCCUUCCCCCAAUCCGAGCUCUCCGGCCUCCGCAUCCUCUACAAAGUAAAAGGCCAAUGCACGACCGACACCAUUUCCGCCGCCGGCCCGUGGCUAAAAUACAAAGGCCACCUGCCCAACAUCUCCGAGAACACGCUGAUCGGCGCCGUGAACGCGGCGACGGGCGAGACGAACACGGCGUACGACGUCGACGGGUCGCAGGCCACGAUCCCGGAGCUCGCGAAAAGGUGGAAGGGACAGGAGAGGGAGUGGGUUGUGGUGGCGGAACACAAUUACGGCGAGGGGAGUGCCAGGGAACAUGCGGCGCUGCAGCCCAGAUACCUGGGCGGACGCGUCAUCCUCGCGAAGAGCUUUGCGAGGAUUCAUGAGACGAAUUUGAAGAAGCAGGGGGUUGUGCCGCUCACAUUCGCCAACGAGGCGGACUAUGACCUCUUGGAUGCUUGCGAUGAAGCCGGCACUGAAGGCUUGCUGGAUGUGCUGAGGAGUGGUGGGAAGGGGCAGGUGAGGCUGAGGGUCAAGAAGAGGGAUGGGAAGGAGAUAGUGGUGGAGACGAAGCAUACGCUGAGUGAAGACCAGUGCGGGUUCAUUGUGGCGGGAAGUGCGUUGAAUCUGCUGGCGCGGAAGGCGAGCGAGGCGAGAGAGGAGGUUACCAGGGAGGCGGAGCUGUCGGACUGA